CCUUCAUUUUGAUGUCGUAUUUAAAUCGUUGCGAAAGCUGGUCACACUUAUGAAAAAACUAAUCUGCUUUCGGUGGACGGUUCGUAAACACUCAAUUGUUGAUUUUCGGCAAUAAAAAAGUAACGUUAAACGUUCAAAAUGCGCUCCAGUGAACCGAGUUCAAAUGCAAAAUGAAUUGAAGUGAGUGCCUUUUUCAAAUAAGCCACAAAUUUCGAAAAACUACUGCAGCCUGUACCAGCACCAACACCAGCCAGCCGCCCGAAGAUAGCGACAGUCAUCGAGCGCCCUACUUAGCAACAAUUGCUUGUUGCACUACAUUUUUUUAAAAAAUAUUCAUCCCGCAUAUAUUAUAUUUGUUAAAGCCUACGUGUAGUAGGUCAAAUAUUGAUACACGAAAAUGCGUCGGCAAAACGUGAGAGAAUUCCAGGACAGAGAAUGACAAUUGUUUAACUUAUGUGAAGUCGGCUGCGCGCAAAUUGUAACUCGCGUGAAGCUGGCUACGCGCAACUUUCCACUCAAGUGAAGUUGGCUGCACGCAGUUUUUACUCGCCUCGAAUGAGCUGUACACCGUUUUAGGCUGGCAGUGCCUCAUUUUUACUAGCGACAUCUGGCGGCACAAGCAAAAAUUUUCAGCGUUGCCUUUUGUCUCGCACUUUUAUCGACGUCUGUGCCCCUUGCGCGUUGACUGUCGUUUUGCACGCGCAUUCGUGAAAAUGGCGGCGUUGUCGCUCGGUCGCUGCCAAAUUUUUUGUACAUCCAAAAUAAUCAAAAUAAAGCGACAAUAAAUACAGUGCUAAACAAACUGUCUAUGCCAGAGGCCGCGUGCGCGCGCGUGUGUGUGAAAAUACAACAAAAGAAAAACGUUCUGGCUAACCCAAAGCAAAUAUUGUAACAUUUAAUCAGCUAGCGACAAGGAGUCAACGUCGUCGCCAGCGCAGCAGCAGCAGCAGCCGCCGCGUGAAUAAGCGAGUGCAAGUGCGAGCGUUUUGCUGCGGUUUCGCUUGUCAGCGGAGCACCCAAAGGCUUUGGCCAAGUUUGCAUCAAACGGCCACGCAGCAUGCGACUGAUAAACAAGAGCUGUAACAAGCACAACAACAACAGCAACAACAACAGCAGCAACAACAUGAUGCCACAGAUGCACAGUUGAUCAAGAAAACAGGCGGCUAAAGAACGUCACAAGCAGAAGAGUAACCGAACGGGGCCGCGUCCAGUUCCGGCUCUUCAAGCGCCAACGCUUCAACAAACGAAACCGCCACCGCAACCGGAACCGCCACGCAAUGAAUAGCAGCCAAACGGCGCCAACGGCCACAUCGGCCAACAGCAAUCGCAUUACCUUCACCACUCAGCCGCUGCCCAAUGGCACCAUCAACAUAGGUGGCCCAGGGGGCGGAGGUGUUGGCCCGACGAUCAUCUCAACAGCACAGCUGCCAAAUACGACGACGAUCAAGACCAUCACGGCGGGCAUUGGUGGACAUGGGGUGCCGGGUCUGUCGCAAGUGCAGCAUCAGGUGCAUCAGCAGUCGCAUCAGCAGCAACAGCAGCAGCAGCAAACGCAAUCAGUAGGUGCCACCCAAACACAAACCUUAGUUAUUAAAUCCAAUCACCAUGCUGUCACCCUGCCGGCGGGUCUAGUAUCAAGUGCACCAGCAGGAAUCGUAACAAUGACCAAGACCAUCAAUCAGACCGGGCAGCCGCUGCUUAACUCCAUGCUGCCGGCCGGCGUUGUGGUCGGCAUGCGGCCGCAGGCGCCGACGCAGCAGCAGCCAAAGAACAUGCCCGCCAAUCCGCUGAGUCGCGUCGUCAUCAGCAACUCUCAUAUGGGUGGCGUUAGGCCACAGAGUCCAUCGAUAACUUUAGGCACACUUAAUACAGGACAAACGCCUGCACUGUUAGUGAAAACGGAUAAUGGAUUUCAGUUGUUGCGCGUGGGCACGGCCACAUCGACGGGCCCGCCGACGAUGACACAGACCAUAUCUAACACCAGCAACAACAACAAUAAUAAUAACAACAACAACAACACCACCACAACAACAACAAAUCAUCCCAUAACCACACAGAUACGUCUGCAAACUGUGCCGGCUGCAGCUUCGAUGACCAGCACUACCGCCUCCAGCAACAUAAUUGUCAACUCGGUGGCCAGCAGCAAUGCGCAUAGUUUUAGCAGCGCCUCACAUCCGCCGCACUUAGCGCAGCUCCAGCAACAGCAUCAACAACAGCAGCCGCAUUUGCCGCAAGUAACGCAAAUCCAAACGAUACCAGCCGCACAGCCGCAUUCGCAAGCGAACAACGUGCAGGUGGCAUCUGCAGCGGCGGCAACGGCGGCAGCGAAUGCGAACGCAACAACAACGACAACGGCUGCGCAGGGCAAUACCAAAGAAAAGUGUCGCAAGUUUUUAGCCAAUUUAAUUGAAUUGUCGACACGCGAACCGAAGCCGGUGGAGAAAAAUGUGCGCACGCUCAUCCAGGAGCUGGUCAAUGCGAAUGUGGAGCCGGAGGAGUUUUGUGAUCGCCUGGAGCGUUUGCUCAACGCCAGUCCACAGCCGUGCCUCAUUGGGUUUCUCAAGAAAAGUCUGCCACUGCUGCGCCAGGCUCUCUACACCAAGGAGCUGGUCAUUGAGGGCAUUAAACCGCCGCCACAGCAUGUACUGGGAUUGGCUGGACUUCCGCCACAGCUUCCGAAAAUUCAAGCGCAAAUCCGUCCGAUUGGACUCAGCCAGACGACGACCAUCGGACAGACGCAGGUGCGCAUGAUAACACCAAAUGCAUUGGGCACGCCGCGGCCAACCAUUGGCCAUACGACGAUAUCCAAGCAGCCGCCAAACAUUCGAUUGCCCACAGCACCGCGUCUGGCCAUACGCGGCCAAAUGCCUUCGCUGCCAAUGCCCGCGCAGGCGAACAUUGUGCAAAUCCGCGGCCCGCAUAACGCACAGCUGCAGCGCCCGGGAUCGGUUCAAAUACGUGCUACGUCCCGUCCGCCAAACAGUACGCCCACGAACAAAGUCACUGCCGUCAAAGUUGGUCAGACGCAGAUCAAGGCCAUAACGUCCAGUUUGCAUCCGCCCUCACUGGCGGCCAUAUCAUCGAACAGUGGACCACCGCCAACGCCGACGUUAUCAGUACUAUCGACGAUAAAUUCAGCAUCGACGACAUCGUUGCCGGUGCCAUCGUUACCCACAGUUCAUCUGCCGCCGGAAGCGUUGCGUGCACGCGAACAGAUGCAGAACUCACUGCAUCACAACAACAACAAUCACUUUGAGCCAAAGCUCGUUGAGAUUAAGGCACCGCAGCUGCCGCAUAUGGAGCGCAUCAAUGCUUCGCUGACUCCCAUUUCGGCCAAGACGAUGCCCCGUGGUGCGAUGCCCAUGGCGAACAAGUCGGCGAAUAAAAAGAAAAGAGACGCAAUCGAUCGGGAUAGCAAGGAUGAGAGGGCAAACAGCGGUAGUGGGAUGGCGGGGUCAGCAGCGGCUGCGGCCGCCAAUUCGUUUUUCCAGCAAAGCUCCAUGUCAUCAUCGAUAUAUGGCGAUGAUGAUAUUAACGAUGUGGCAGCCAUGGGCGGUGUUAAUCUAGCCGAGGAAUCGCAGCGCAUUCUGGGAUGCACGGAGAACAUAGGCACGCAGAUACGGUCCUGCAAGGAUGAAGUGUUUCUCAACUUGCCAGCGUUGCAGGCACGAAUACGUGCGAUAACCGCGGAACGUGGCUUAGAUGAACCUUCGCAGGAUGUUGCCGUGCUCAUAUCGCAUGCGUGCCAGGAACGGCUCAAGAACAUUGUGGAGAAGUUGGCUGUGAUAGCGGAGCACCGCAUUGAUGUCAUCAAGUUGGAUCCACGCUAUGAGCCCGCGAAGGAUGUACGCGGUCAAAUCAAGUUUCUGGAGGAGUUGGACAAGGCUGAGCAGAAGCGACACGAGGAGCUGGAGCGCGAAAUGCUACUGAGAGCGGCCAAGUCCAGAACGCGCGUCGAAGAUCCCGAGCAAGCAAAGAUGAAAGCGAGGGCGAAAGAAAUGCAGCGUGCGGAAAUGGAAGAGCUGCGACAGCGCGAUGCGAAUUUGACGGCACUGCAGGCAAUUGGACCACGGAAAAAACUCAAACUGGAUAGCGAUGCGGCCGGUGUGGGCGUGGGUUCCAGUGGCGGCGGUCUGUUGAGCAACUCCGGUACGGCGACUACAACGUUGCGGCCGCGCAUCAAGCGUGUCAAUCUGCGCGAUAUGCUCUUCUUUAUGGAACAGGAGCGCGAGUUUUGUCGCAGCUCGUUGCUGUUCAAGACUUACCUCAAGUGAUCGCUGCUGGCGCCGCUGUUGUUCACAUACCUACGUACCCAUACGAGCUCUCCUGCGCCUACUCCUGCUCCAACUCCAACUCCAACUCCUGCUCUGGCUUCGGCUCCAGCUAUCAUUCUUCUAUUAGCGUCUAGCAGCUGCGUUCAUCAAUUUGCAAUAUUAUUUAGCUGUCAGAUUUAACUGCGUCGUCCCUUUGUUGUUUUAGUUAGGCGCCCUAUUUAAAUAACUAUGCGUAGAAAUACCAACUAAAUUGUAAUUAAAAGUUUUUUAAAUCUAAUUUACAAAUCGUUUUCCAAUUAAAUAGCCAGCAACACUUAAACCAAACCAAUCCAAAAACACAAAAGAGAAACCAACAACAACAACAACAACAACAAAACUCACAGUAGCAAAAACAAAACAAAAACUCAACGUGCAGUCAGCCAGCGUUUGAUUUUGUAAUUUUUAACAUAAUUAAUUGCAUUAAUUGCAUUGACGGCCUUAUCUAAACGAUAUAAACAUAUAAAUAAUAUGAUUAAAUUGUGUAGCUUAGUUUGUUAAACGAAAUCGAGCGUAAAUUCUAGACUUAAGUUAGAUUGCGGCAUUCAAGUCGUAGAACAUAACAUGGUUUUUAAAACCAUCAUGGCAAGCAAAAAGAAUAAAAACAGAGAAUACAAUUAAAAACAAAUAAAAAAAAACACAAAGCAAAAGGAGAAAUAUACACAUAAUAUGGCAUAAUACAUUGAACUAGUUGUAGUUGUUUAAACAAAUUGAUGUAAUUUUAAUUAGCUUAUGUAUAAAACAAUUAACAGAAACAAAUGGUAACAAAAAAACAAAAUACACGUGUAAAAAGUCCAGACUAAGUUUUUUCUAUAGUUUAACUAGGUAAACGCAACGUAAUUAACAAAUUUACGGCAAAGAACUAAAACCCGAACGUAGUUUUAGACACUAAACAUAUGGUUUUUUAUUAGUGACGCGUUCGUUCAACCAAAAUGGUUCAUCCAAUCAAUGGAUUAUGUGCAUAUUAUAAUGUUCUAGCAGGCGGUUCUUUAAUUGAACAUAUUUGCACCAGCCACAAAAUAGUUAAAUUUUAUACAAAGUAAACAAACGAAAAUUGUAAAAUACAUUUAUAUUCGACUACGUUCAUAUUUAAAACAAAUACAAAUUUAAAUUCUGUGUGUGUGCUAAACAGUUACAAUAUGAUCAAGCGAAAAACCAACAAACAAACAAAAAGAAAAGAAACAGUCGAAAACAACAAAAGUAAAGAGCGCAUAGUUUAGUAGUCAUAUAACUAAAUAUAUUAUAUACAUCUAUAAAUAUAUACAUACAUAUUAUGUUUUACAAU